AUCAACGUUGAAUCGGCAAGACCAAGCUCACUGCUUCUUAUUCUUCUUUUCUCUCUAUAAUAAUGACGCUACAGCACACCCCUUUUAGCCCAUUAACUACUUCUUCUCAAAUGAAAUUAGCUGUUAGCACUUGUCGUACUAUCACUAUCUCAAGCUUCAACCAUCAUCUUCCACAAAGAAUUCAGGGUGUGCAUUGCAAUGUCGAGCCAAGUAAAAUGCUUACCAGAAGAAUUUCAUCCAGCAAAGAAAAAUCUAAGGAUCUCCGUGAAGAUGUUUUUUCUUUGUCAAAGGCUUGCACUAGUGCUCCAAUUAGAUGCACCAUGUUCUCAAGUGCUGUCUUAGCAGCAAAUUUGGUUGCAACACAUACUGCAAAUGCUUUGACUAUGGAUAAUAUGAUGGAUAUUUCUAGUGCUGUCUAUACUUUAGCUGAUGGAACCAUCGGAGAUCUUUUUGGUGGCCUUCUGUAUUCUGCGGGUCAACAAGCCAAUGAAGCUGUUCAGGGCGAGUUGACUGUUCUUAGUUUUACUAGUUUAGCCACUAUUUUUGGUGCCGGGCUUGUAACUAGUCUUUCACCUUGUACACUCAGCGUAUUGCCUCUGACCCUUGGUUAUAUUGGGGCUUUUGGUUCUGGGAAAAGCCGUGUAGCGGUUGUUGGAGAUUCAAUUGCAUUUGCACUGGGAUUGGCAACCACACUAGCAUUAUUGGGUGUUGCAGCUGCAUUUGCUGGAAAGGCAUAUGGGCAAGUAGGACAAGGACUGCCAGUGGCUGCUUCCUUUUUAGCUAUUGCUAUGGGGCUAAACCUGUUAGAGGUAAUAGAGUUACAACUUCCCUCAUUUUUCGACAACUUUGAUCCUCGCUCAGCUGCUGCUAGCUUUCCUUCAAGUGUUCAAGCUUAUUUGGCUGGUCUUACAUUUGCAUUAGCUGCAUCACCAUGCAGUACACCAGUCCUCGCAACCUUGCUCGGCUACGUUGCUACUUCUCGGGAUCCAUUUAUUGGGGGCAGCUUGCUGUUGACAUACACAACGGGAUAUGUUACCCCCUUACUUCUUGCUGCUUCUUUUGCUGGAGCAUUGCAGAGUAUACUUUCAUUCCGCAAGUUCUCAGCAUGGAUCAAUCCAAUCAGUGGUGCGCUACUACUUGGUGGGGGUGUCUAUACCUUUCUCGACAAGCUUUUCCCGGUGACAAUGGCUAUGUAGGCUAAUCGGCUAUUCACAUAGCAACAAGUGGAUUGGGGAUGAGCUUACCUGCUUUUUCUCAAUUUUUGAGUUGCUUAUGCUCAAGCAAAACUCCAUUGAGAUACAUAGAUCACAAGUUCCAAACCAGCGAGCAAGCAAAGGUAUGGCGUGUUCUCCGACAACAGGUUGUAGAAAGGUAGAACAUGUUGAUUGAUGCCAUACUGGAUACAUCGUUCAAUUGAAAAUAAGAAAAAAUAGAAAUUAUGUAUGUGUGAGAAUGUAACAUCCAUGAUACCAUUUGUGUAAAUAGAUAAAACUGUAUGACCAAUAGAACCUUUUAAUGAAAUAUAAUUCGUUGUGUUAAUCCA